UCCAAGUCCGAGACGAUGGCGAAGAAAAGCUCGACGACGCAGGGGCAGCCGACGUGGUACAUGCCGCAGCCGAUGGACUCGCUCCUUGAGUACUGGGAGCGCCACUACCCGCUCAAGCUCUACAACAGCAUGACACGCUCGAAGACGCCCUUCGUGCCCAUGCAGAAGAAGUGCGUGACGUGGUACAUGUGCGGCCCGACGGUCUACGACAUUACGCACCUCGGUCAUGGCCGCACGUACACGUGCUUCGACUACGUGCGCCGGAUCCUCGAAGACUACUUUGGCUACGAGGUCAAGCUUGUCAUGAACAUCACGGACAUUGAUGACAAGAUUAUCGUGCGGUCGGCUGAGCACGGCUGGGCGGCCGCGCACCCAGGUCAGUCGCUGCCCGCGGCCAAGGAUGAGGCCGCCAAGGUCGUCUUGCUGUGGGCGUCCGAACAAACGGCCGAGAGCAACAUGAAGCGCGCUGAGGAACUCGCCAAGACGUUCGAGAAGACCUUCAUGGACGACAUGGCUGCGCUCAACAUCAAGCCGCCGACUGUUCUCACGCGCGUCAGCGAGUACAUGCCCGAAAUUGUCGAGUUCAUCGAAGGCAUUAUUGCCAACCGCUACGCGUACGAGAGCAAUGGGUCGGUCUAUUUCGAUACGCAAGCCUUUGGCACCGCCAAGGGCAAGGCGUAUGGCAAGCUCGUGCCUGAAAACGUCGGCCAGUCAGAGCUACUCGCUGAAGGCGAAGGUGCGCUCUCGGUUGGCGCCAGCGACAAGCGUAACGCCAACGACUUCGCGCUGUGGAAGAAGUCCAAGAAGGGUGAGCCGUUCUGGGCAAGUCCGUGGGGCGAAGGCCGACCCGGAUGGCACAUUGAGUGCUCGGCCAUGGCCAGCGACGCGCUCAAGGACCUCGCGGGUGGCCGCAUCGACAUCCACACGGGUGGCAUCGACCUGCGCUUCCCGCACCACGACAACGAAAUUGCGCAGUCGGAGGCGUACUUCAACUUUGAGCAGUGGAUCAACUACUUUGUCCACACGGGCCACCUCAACAUUGAGGGCCUCAAGAUGUCGAAGUCGCUCAAGAACUUUGUCAAGAUCAACGAAGCGCUCGCGAUGAACUCGCCGCGCCAGCUCCGGUUCCUCUUCCUCCUCCACAAGUACAACGUGCCGAUGGACUACAACGACAACACUAUGGAUGAAGCCGUCGGCGUCGACUCGUUCUUCGCCAACUUUUUCCAGAACGUCAAGGUCGCGCUCCGCGAAAUCAACGUCGACCAGACGCAAAAGUGGGGUGUCCACGAAAAGAAGCUUGGCGCCCGCACGCUCGAGAUCAAGGAGAAGGUCCACGCCGCCCUCGCGGACGACCUCAACACGCCGCUUGCGCUCCAGUUGCUCCAAGAGCUUGCGAAGGAGGUGAACCGGUACCUCGCUCUCAACAUCCCGCACGUCUCGAUGUGCCUCCGCGCCGCAGCCGAGUACAUUACGCACAUGCUCCGCGUCUUUGGCCUCAUUCCUGACGCCACCGACAUUGGUUUCCCCCUCGGCGCGUCGGGCGAUCAAGAAACUAUUCUGACGCCUGUUCUCGACAUCUUCGCCGAGUUUCGUGACCAGGUCCGUACCGCGGCCCUCAGCAAGGACCCGAACCUCGCCAAGCUGAUCAUGGAGCUCUGCGACUCGGUGCGCGACGCGAAGCUGCCGCAUGCCGGCGUCCGCUUGGAGGACCGUGCGAACGCGUCGUCCGUGUGGAAGCUCGCCAAUAAGGACGAGCUGCUCGAGGAGAUCCGCCUCAAGGAAGAGGAGAAGAAGGCGAAGGAGCUCGCCAAGGCCCAGCGCAUCGCCGACGAGCAGCGCAAGCUUGCAGAAGAGAAGGCUCGCGCCGGGGUGCACCCGAAGGACAUGUUCAAGCUCCAGAAGGACAAGUAUUCCGCCUUCAACGAAGCGGACGGUCUCCCGACGCACACGGUUGAUGGCGAGCCGAUCUCCAAGGGCGCUCUCAAGAAGCUCGCCAAGGAGCAAGAGAAGCAGAAGAAGCUUUUCGACAAGUACCACCAAUAGGCAAUUGUCGGUUCCGCUCUUCCGCCAUGCAUAAUCCCAUCUUCAUUUUCGUU